AAAAAAAAAAGAGAGAGAAAAUGGCAGAACGCCGCAAUUCAAUAAAGAUAGAAUGUCAAAAAGAACAAUUAGCACAUGAUGAAAAGGACUUUUCAGAUAAGCAGACAAUUAAUUUUAUGAAUGAAUUUAAAGAAGAUCAUCUAUCUAUCGAAUCAGGAACAGAUAGACUUGAAUUAUUGCAACCGCCUGAUGGCGGAAAAGCCUGGCUAGUUUUAUUUGGCUGUUUCUGUGGUAUAUUUUGCACGUAAAUAUUAUGAUACAUCUAAAUAGGAUAUUUAAAGAAAAAUAUACAUAUGUAUAACAUGAUUAAUAGACAGGGUUACAAUUAUGUAUGGGGCAUUUUUUUGAAUUACUAUAACAAGUAUAUUUUUCCAGAUCAAAUGACAGCUUUAUCAUGGAUUGGAUCAUUAUGGCUAGCUUUAGCAAAUAUUGUGGGUCCGUUUUAUAGUUGGUUUGCUGUAAAAGUAGGUUACAAAUGGAUGUUGAUAACUGCAGUAGUGCUUUGGUCACUAGGAAUUAUGUUGGCCAGUAUAGCAACACAGAUUUGGCAUUUAUAUUUAACACAAGGUGUAUUAAUGGGGAUUGGAGCUUCUUUAGUUUGGUUUCCAUGUGUUAGCGCUGCUCAGCAAUGGUUUUCAAAACGUAGAGGAUUAAGUGUAGGUAUAGCAAUUUCAGGCUCAGGCUUUGGUGGACUUAUUCUUUCAAAUGUGAUACAAGCCAUUAUUGACAAUCUGGGAUAUCAAUGGGCACUUCGUAUUGUUGGUUUUAUAUCUUUUGUGUUAUUGUCUAUCUCUGUUUUUACUGUACGACCUCUGAAUCCACCUCAAAAAAGCGAUAUUAAGAUCUUUAACCUUCAACCUUUCCGUAAUAUUCAAUUCAACUUGCUAUUUGCCAUUCAAUUCAUUGGUAACUUUGCUUUUAAUGUGCCAUCUAGUUUCUUACCUGCCUAUGCUGAUUAUCUUGGAUUAGAUCCUUGGAUUGGUACAAAUAUGUCUGCUAUUAUUUCAGGCGUUAUGAUCGUUGGUAAGAUCUCGAGUGGUUUCAUUAGCGAUUUUGUAGGAAGAGCCAAUAUGACAUUUAUCACAACUACAUUGACGGGUGUCAUGUGUCUUGCUGUUUGGCUUGUAGUGACGACGCCAGCUGGUAUCUGGGCUUUUGCUGCCAUGUUUGGCUACUUUGGUGGUGGAUACCUUGUGAUGGUCCCUGCACUUUUAGGUCAAGUGAUUGGAAUGGAUGAUAUUGAAGCUGCAAAUGGUCUAUUGUUCUUUGCUUGGUUCUUUGGUGGUCUCUUUGGUUCACCGAUUUGUUCUGCUUUAAUCAAUGAUGCUAGUGGUCAUCCUACCUAUAAUUAUGCCAUCAUCUUUGGUGGCGUUCUCAUGGUGUUUGCUGGUCUAUUGGCUUGGGUUGUGCGUGUGAUAAGAGGGGGCUGGAACCCGUUUAUCAAAGUCUAAAUUAUCAUAUUCCACAUAGUAUACAUACAAAUAUAUAUAUAUAUAUUCUUGUAUUUUUAUUUUUAUUUUUUUUAUUAGAAAUAAGGAAAUAUCUUUAAUGUAUUAUACAUAUUGACAAUUAAA